CUCCCAGCAAGAGACAGCUUAGAGCUUCAGCUCAGCUGCCUGCUAAGGACGAGACGGCCUCUGAAUAACUACGCGCUCCGGUGCCGCACCGUGUUCCUACAGGACCUGCGCAGGCGGCGGCAGCGGCGCGGUGAAAGUACGUUGAAGACGCCUCGAAAGAACGGCGCGGGUUUCAUCAUCGUGUGCUGAGCUGAUCUGGAAUAGCCAUCUGACGGGUUGACCUAAUUUGCUUUGGCUAGGCUGAUCCUUCAGGUCAAGCGAGAUUCCGUGCCCUAACUUGGCCGUUUGGGAGAACGUAACCAGCACUCAAGCCCGAUUCCCAGGACCAAAUCGAAAGUCCUUUAGCGAAUCUCGUCUCUACUUCUUCAGCAAGGCGCAGCGGUAGUUCUAAUUCCGCCUUGAUUCAGUUUUCGUCCAUCUGUAACUUCAGUGUUGAUUGGAUAUCCAUGCGCGAGUUCCCCUUGAGAGCGGUCGUGGGUCUCGGUGCUUAGGCGACACGCUCCUUAGACGGGCGCGUCGUGCUCUCAGAUCGUCAUCUUUGAGUCGACUCAAAAAUCACCUGCGCGUCGUGCUCUCAGAUCGUCAUCUUUGAGUCGACUCAAAAAUCACCUGCGCGUCGUGCUCUCAGAUCGUCAUCUUUGAGUCGACUCAAAAAUCACCUGCGCGUCGUGCUCUCAGAUCGUUAUCCCCGCACUCCCGCGGUUGCGCAUUGCGCCAGAAUCCUUAAGAUCCGGCGCGGGCUCCACGGCUUUGCUUGGCUAUCCAUUCGAUCCUGAGGAAACCCGUUCGGCGGAGCGGUAAUUCGCGUCGCGAGGCGGUCAUUUUAAGGCCGUGUUGGCGUCGGCGUCGGUGUCGCGAGACGCGCAAGCAUCGCCAGACGCGCAAGCCGAAGCGCAUCUCAUCUGAAGCCAAUCAGGGAAGAGCCGCUUAGCAGCGGAAACUUUUCGCAGCAGAGGGUUACCACUGCCGAGACCGUUAUCGCAGCUGAAGGUUAUUGCAUUCGAUGAGUUGGUCCCGUCGGUGACCUUUCGAGACUCCAGCAGGCGUCGAUUGGCGGAUUCCGAUCGCCAUGUCUCGCUGCUGGCCGUAUCCCCCGCCGGGCUUCGAGAAGAAACCUCGGGAUCCGUCUCUCAACGUCCCUAAGGAGGCGAGAUCGGAGGGGAAGGACAAGGAUCGGGACAAGGAUAAGAAAAAGAAGAAGAAGAAGCGGCACCGGGAGGGGGGCGAGGAGGAUAAGGAGGAGCGGAAGAGGAGGAAAGAGGAGAAGAAAAGGUCCAAGGAGCAGCGGAAUAGGGAUGGCCCGGAUGGGGAUGGGGAUGGGGAUGCGGAUAAGGAGCAACGGAAGCAGUCGUCCGAUGAGUCGACGCUCAAGGAAAAAGACGGGGAUACGGAUAAGGAGAAGAGCAGGGAUACGGAUAAGGAGAAGAGCAGGGAUACGGAUAAGGAGAAGAGCAGGGAUACGGAUAAGGGUGGGGGAAAGGAGGAGGGGAGGAAUGAGAGUUUGGAGGAGGACAAGGGUAAGGGGGGGGAGCAGAAGGAGGGAGUGCGGAAGGAGGUGGGGAAAGAGGAGGAGCUAAAGGAGAAAACGAGUGCGGAGGGGAAGGAGCCGAAGGAAGGGAAGGAGGGGAAGGAGGAGAAGGAGGAGAAGGGUAAGGAUGAGAGACGAGGCGACGAGAGGGACAAGGAGAAUAAGGAGGAGAGACGGAAAGGGGACCAGAAGAAGGAGGAUAGGCAUAAGGAUGAGAAGAGGAGGGAGGAGAGGCGACGGGAGAAGGAGAAGCGCAAGGAGGAAAAGCGGCGAGACGAGAAGCACAGAGACAAGCAUAAAGACAAGAAGCAGGACCGCAAGGCGACGUCCGAAGGCAUGGCUAACGGGGAAAACGGCAUUCCCCGCGCCCCUGGACCGCCAGACACACGGGCCUCCAACGCCCUGGACGAGCGCAUCUCCAACGCAGCAGACGGCGCUCGUGACCUCAGCACGGCGCCAGGGGCGCCCAAGCCCCUGCACGGGUCGAUCUCAACCCCUGAUCUCCGCACAGCUCAAGAUCAACGGCUGCGAUCGUCGGACGGCCGGGGGCAUCACGAUUCCAAGUCAGAGGACCUGAGGCUGAGCAAUGGGGGGAGGGAGGUGAAGGGAGGAGCCGAGGGGAGGGAGAUUCAGGGGAAUAAAGGGUUGAAGGGGAAGCAGGGAGGAGGAGGGGGGGAUAUGCAGCCUUCCUCAGGUGUUGGGGCUCCUGUUGUAGCGACCAGAGCAAUUUCAGAGCCAGGAGUUGGGAGGGCUCACUCAGAGGAACUGAGAGACUUCCAAUCUGGGGUGGAUACGAGAGCAACGGGAGCGAAAGGGGCGCACCAGCGAGCAUCGGAUGUUAAAACGAGCCACAGCCCGGGUGCGCCUGCUGCUGCAUCUCCGGCUACUGCUGCUGCUUCCCCGCUAGAUGCAACCGCUGCCGUAACCGUUGUAACUGCUGUAACGCCACACACGGUUGGGGAAAAGCGGGCUGGAGUGUCUCCAGCGGAUAAGCCUCCGGUGCACGGGGCACCGAGGCAGAACGGCAGAGUGGGCGAUCUGCUGCACGGGCACAAGCGCAGCCAUGGCAGCCAGAGCAGCCAGGGCAGCCAGGGGAGCCAAGGGAGCCAUGGAAGUCAUGGGGCAGGGCACGGGGCGGGGGAUGCAGCAAGGCAUGCAUCGGGGCAUGGCAAUGGGGAUGGCGCUGAGCGGUUUCACCAUCACCAUCAUCAGCAGUCCCGGCUCGCCUCAUCCUGUGUCUCGGAGCCAGGUGCGGGGCCUAGUGCUUCUGCUGCUUUGAAAGGAGUGGGGCGUUCGGCCAGUGUGGGGGGAGGAGGAGGAGGAGGAGCAGCAGCAGCAGCAGCAGCCGCGGCGACGGCAGCAGCAGUGGCAGCUGCAGCAGGGGCAGUUGGGGCAUCGCCUGCAGAGAGCAGCAGAAGCGGGGGGCUGUCAGGUGCCGUUUCAGGUGCUAUUUCAGGUAAAUCCCGCAGCAGCAAGCACCGGCACCGCAGCAGGAGCACAGCCAGCGGAGGGGUGGGUGUGAGCGGCGGGCCCGGCAUCAGUGACACGUCAGCAGCAGAAGUGCUUUCCCCUCUGAGACCCACGGGCGAGCUUCGAAACGAUCCCAAAAACGAUCUUCAAUUUGAUUCUCGGUUGAAAACCCUAAGUCCAGCUGCUGCGCCUGCUUCUGCUGCUGCGGCUGCUGCUGUAGCCUCUGCCGGGGGGAAGGACACUUCCGCUGUAGCCCCUGCCGGGGGAAAGGGCUCCUCUGCUACAGCCGCUGCUGUGCCUGGGGAGAAUGGGUAUCAUAAGCAGGCCGAUGGGCGAGGGAAGGACGGUGGCCCAGAAAGGGACGGCAGGUCCGGUGGUCGGGAGGGGCGGGAGGGGCGGGAGGGGAAGGAGGGAAGGGAGGGGCGGGAGGGACGCGAGGGACGAGAGGGCAGGGAGAGGCACAGGGAGGGCCGUGAUAAGCGGAAAGCGGAGCCGCCUCCUUUGGUGGUGGACGAGACGUUUCUGGCAUUCGACGACGCAACGCAGGGGCUUGCUGAGGCCCUGGCAGCGAUGGACGCGGAACCCAGCUUUGCUGACUGGCUGAUGAAAGACCAGUGCGUGGACGCCAGCGGGGUGAAGGACGCGGGGGUGGGGGACAGAGGGGUGAAAGAUAUGGAUGUGGGAGACAGGGGGGUGGAAGACAUGGGUAUGGAGGAGCGUGCAGAGGAAGAGGAGGGAGAGGAGGGAGAGGAGGGGGAGGAGGGGGAGAGAGAGAGAGUGGUGUGGGCGAGCCCACGCUACCUCCCGGAGUUUGAUGUCUGUAUACUGCCAUUCAUCCCGCCCUUCUGAUACUGAUACCUACUACAGGCACCAGCUUCUCUGUGAAAGCCCGUAUGAUCCCGCUGCUGUAGCGUCCUCGUGGAAGCCCUGGAGCCCUGAGCCUGGAGCCCUGAGCCUGGAGCCCUGAGCCUGGAGCCCUGAGCCUGGAGCCCUGAGCCUGGAGCCGUGAGCCUGGAGCCGUGAGCCUGGAGCCCUGGAGCCCUGGUCUUGUACGGUACUGCUGGAAGCCAUAGGUCUGUGUUUCCCUGGAGGGAAUAGUGAAGUGAUGAUUUGACAUUUCCUUCAGAGUGAGUCUGUGUCUGGCUGUGUUGAGAAGCUGUCUAAUGGGUGGGGGAUGGAGAGAGCUCUAUAGUGCAUGUUGUUGGCUUGCUGAGGACAACAGGCUAAUCAUGCCUCUGUGGUAUCAUGCAAUGCAAUGUGCACAGUUCAGUGUCCUAACAAAUGCAUGCCUAUUGG